CUAGCUAACCCAACAGCCUUUGUGAACCUUUCUUCUCAAAAAUAGAAUGGAAAAGAGAUCUGUAUCACACAACUCAAGCUCUAGUUCUCAUAUGAGGAAGAUGGGUUUUCAGAAGAACUUCCAUGGACACUCAGAAAUCCCACCACACCCAUACACCAGAGAAGAUUACGACGAUGAAGGCGCGGCGUCUCUCAACCUACGCAGCCUCUCUAAGCUCAUCCUCCCUCCUUUGGGUGUAUCAAAUUAUAAUCAGAACCAAAUCAAGUCUAAAGGGAGAAUUAUCUCACCCAUGAACUCAAGAUACAGGUGUUGGGAGACAUUAAUGGCGGUUUUGGUAGCUUAUUCUGUAUGGGUUUACCCAUUUGAGAUAGCAUUCAUGAAGUCCUCUCCAAGAGGAGGACUCUUUAUAUCAGACAACAUUGUUAACAUCUUCUUUGUGAUCGACAUUGUUUUAACAUUUUUCGUUGCUUACAUCGACCCAAGAUCUCAACUUCUUGUUCAAGAUUCAAGGAAAAUUACCUUGAGGUACCUCUCAACAUGGUUUGUCAUGGAUUUGGCUUCCACAAUCCCAUUCGAAGCUAUUGGAUACUUGAUUACAGGAAAAAACAGUGUCUCUUACUGUCUACUUGGAAUGCUAAGGUUUUGGCGUUUAAGAAGGGUAAAACAACUAUUCACAAGGCUCGAAAAAGACAUUAGAUUCAACUAUUUCUGGACAAGAUGUGCUAGACUUCUCUGUGUCACAUUAUUUCUGGUUCAUUGUGCUGGAUGCCUCUAUUAUAUGUUAGCUGAUCGAUACCCGCAAGAAGGGAAGACAUGGAUUGGAGCUGUGAUUCCAAAUUUUAGAGAAGCUAGUAUUGAGAUCAGAUACAUUUCUUCUAUGUAUUGGGCCAUGACUACCAUGACAACUGUUGGUUAUGGAGAUUUACAUGCUGUCAAUUCUAGGGAGAUGAUCUUCAACAUAUUCUAUAUGCUCUUCAAUCUUGGCCUCACUGCCUACUUGAUCGGAAACAUGACUAAUUUGGUCGUUGAAGGAACUCGUCGAACCAUGGAAUUCAGGAAUAGCAUUGAAGCAGCUUCUCACUUUGUAUGUCGGAAUCGCUUACCUCAGAGGUUGAAAGAACAUAUAUUGGCUUACAUGUGUUUAAGAUUUAGGGCUGAGAGUUUGAACCAGCAACAAUUGAUUGAACAACUUCCAAAAUCAAUCUGUAAAAGUAUAUGUCAGCAUCUAUUCCUACCAACAGUGGAGAAAGUGUAUCUCUUCAAAGGAGUGUCAAGUGAAAUACUCUUGCAGUUGGUUGCAAAGAUGAAGGCAGAGUAUAUUCCACUAAGAGAGGAUGUUAUAAUGCAAAAUGAAUCAGCCGACGAUGUUUAUGUUGUAGUAUCAGGAGAAGUAGAAAUCAUCGAUUGCGGAAUGGAAGAAGAACGAAUCAUGGGUACAUUAAGAACUGGAGACAUAUUUGGAGAAGUUGGAGCACUUUGUCUAAGACCUCAAAGCUUUACAUUUAGAACAAAGACACUGUCUCAACUCUUGAGGAUGAAGACAAGUGCCUUGAUGGAAGCAAUGAGAACCAGAGAACAAGAUUACAUAGUCAUGCUUAAGAACUUCCUUCAGCACUGCAGGGAGCUUAAGGAUCUGACCAUCAAUGAUUUACUGGUAGAAAAUGGAGAGGAUAAUAAUGGAGAUUCCAAUAUGGAUACUAAUCUGUUGGCUGUGGCAAGUUCUGGUAAUGCAGCUUUUUUAGAUGAGCUUCUGAAGGCAAAUCUGAACCCUAAUGUUGGGGACUCCAAAGGAAGAACUCCAUUGCACAUAGCAGCAUCAAAAGGUCAUGAAGAUUGUGUCCAGGUUCUCCUCAAGCAUGGCUGCAACAUUAAUAUACAUGAUAUAAAUGGUAAUACUCCUCUAUGGGAUGCAAUCUCCAUGAAGCACCAUUCCAUCUUUAGGAUCCUCUACCACUGCACAUCCAUUUCUGAUCCUCACAUAACCGGCGAUCUUCUAUGCACGGCUGCAAAGAGAAACGAUCUUUCUACAAUGAAGGAACUAUUGGGAUAUGGAUUGAAUGUGGACUCAAAGAACCACCAUGGAUCCACUGCUCUUCAAAUUGCUACGUCGGAAAAUCACGUAGAGAUGGUGAACCUCUUAGUGAUGAAUGGUGCAAAUGUUGAUCAGGCGAGUCCGAAUGGGUUUCCAAUUGAUACUAAUUUAGUUGAAAUGUUGAAAAAGCGAGAGGUGGAGCAUCGUAUAACGAUGCUUGACGCUGUACCAGAUAAGACUUUGGAAAGGUAUUUAAGGAGAAAACAAGAAGAAGAGAGUGAGUUAGGUAAAUCAAAAUGUGGAAACUGUCUAAGGGUCAGCAUAUAUAGAGGACAUCCUUUGUUGAGAAGGAACACUACAUGUAACAUGGAAGCAGGGAGACUCAUAAAGUUGCCAACUUCUAUAGAAGAACUCAAAAGCAUUGCUGGGGAAAAGCUUGGUUUUGAUGCAAGGAAUGCAAUCAUAAUGAAUGACGAAGGUGCAGAGAUUGAUUCAAUUGAAGUGAUUAGGGAUAACGACAAGCUCUUCAUAGUUAAUGAUGAAAACUUUCAUAGUUAGCUUAACAUGCUUGUUUGGUUAAGUGAGAUCCAGAUCAGUAUAGGU